AUGACAUCAUUUUUGACCGACAACAAAAGUGACGCCAAGCAGCUGCGUGGGCUCCGCUGCGGCCGUCCGAGCAGCGCUGAGCGAGAGUGCUCGCCGAGCCCGGAGAGUGCUGGGCACGGCUCGGAAGCUUCUAGAGCCGGGCGUUCGGCCCAUGUAGGGAGGGAGUGUGUUCGGCGCGGCAUCGCCGAGAUAGCACCGUGUGGGCUGAGCGUACGGAGCCGUGGCCGCGAUAAGAGCACAAACGCCGGCGGAGUGCGCCAAACACGGGCUCACCACGCCCAUCGCCAUCGUCGUCCUCGACGAAGCGAGCGGGCGGGGCGACGGAUUGCUGGACGGGGGCAGCCUGGGCCUGCAUUGAUCGUCAUCGCUAGAAGAAGAAGCGGUCGUUCUUUUGUACGUACUACAGUGAACGUAUCGUACGCGUUUCAUUCGAUGCAGUCGUCCAGGAAACGUCUUGUAUCACAAUGGCCAAGAGGGCUCACCGUGGCCCCUCAUUCGCAUAGUUCGAGAAGUAUGAACAAGGAGGGACCAUAUGUGGCGAGUACAACCGAGCUCACGCGGAAACAGGUUGAUCGUCUUCGAACCGUCCUCAGCGAGACGGUGGAAAUUCAUGGGAAAGGGAAUUUCCCGACCAUUUCGGCUCGCCUUAUCGAUAUAAUCUCAUGCGUUCGAGAGAAGCUCAGGCAAGCCGGUAUGCCGCCUAAGUCGGUGAAGCUCAACGGUGGCGCCGCAUCGUAUGUUGCGUCCGCUGACGACUUCUCGUACGCAGAUCUUGAUCUCAUUUUCCCCAUGGAUGUGGAGAAUUCGGACAGUUUUGACAAGGUUCGUGAAGCUGUAUUCGACACGAUCAUGGAUAUGAUGCCAUCAGCGAACAAAACCAAAAUCAAUGCGGACACCUUGAAAGAUGUAUAUAUUGGAAAAAUGGUCAAGGUGUCUGGGGAUGACGAUCGUUGGUCGCUUUUCUCGUUGCACAACGACUUCGGCCGGUGUAUCGAACUGAAGUUCGUCGAUAAAAUGCGACGCCAGUUUGAGUUCUCCGUCGACUCGUUCCAGAUCACAUUGGACCCCCUACUUGAUGACUUUAACGCGUCGGACGCUAAAGUCUACAUUGAAAGCAUGUUCGGUGACGUUCAUCAGGCUAUGUCACAUUUGCACGAACGACUGAUCGACACGCGUCGACCGGAAGAGAUUCGUGGCGGUGGACUACUUAAAUAUUGUCAUCUACUUACAAGAGGCUAUAAAGCAGCUCGCCCAUCGAAAUGCAGGCAACUCGAAAGGUAUAUGUGUUCUCGUUUCUUCAUCGAUUUCCCUGACGUUGUAAGCCAAGAGCAAAAAUUGCGUAACUACUUGGACAACCAUUUUGGAUCGAACAAUGACCAGUGGUCAAGCUCUGGUGACGAUACGGACUCGGAAGCUUCAACAAGCCAAGCUCCAUCAACAAUUCUGGCGCAAAGUCAGGCGAAAUACGACUUCUUGAUGUUGCUACAUCGUGUUGUCAGCGAAAGUACCGUCUGUUUGAUGAGCCAUGAAAGACGCCAAACAUUAGUGAUGAUCGAUCGACUGGCGUUCCAGGUCUCUCUGAGCAUCUACAAUCCACAGAGUACUGUAGCUGGUCACACGCCACGAACAACGCUCUUCUACCUCCCACGCAACACAACACAAUGGAUUCCGGUUGUCUGA